AUGGCGAAACACCAUCCUGACCUCAUUUUUUGCCGUAAGCAACCAGGUGUAUCCAUUGGUAGGCUUUGCGAAAAGUGCGACGGGAAAUGUGUGAUUUGCGACUCCUACGUUCGGCCGUGCACACUUGUUCGUAUUUGUGACGAAUGCAACUAUGGCUCAUACCAGGGACGCUGCGUUAUUUGCGGUGGACCCGGUGUCUCUGAUGCGUACUACUGUCGUGAAUGUACGAUAAUGGAGAAGGACCGCGAUGGCUGUCCUAAGAUAGUGAAUCUUGGUAGUGCCAAAACGGACCUGUUCUAUGAACGGAAAAAAUACGGAUUCAAAAAGAGAUAG